ACGUCAAAUGGACUUGUAGCAGUUUUUCUCGCAGAAUGGAAGUGAACGUGGAAGUAAAAGGGAUUAAAUUCGCUUAAUCUUGGCAGGAUAUUGAACUCUUCUCGUUUAUAAGCUCCAUUACUCUGUGCUGGUGAGAUAGUUGAUAAAAAGAAGCCCGGCUCUGCGGCUUCUCAUAUGUUAGUGCCCCCCGUAUGGAGGAGGAGGAGGAUGAUGUGUUUGAGCCAGAUCCCAACAGCUGGCACACACCAUUCAGGGAGAUAAAGUUUGAAGACCGGGGCACACAAACGCCCGGUCCUGGCGUUGCACCACAUAACGUUAUGCUGCCCUGUGGAGUUGUGGAGGAGCCCAGACCACUUUUCUACCGUAACGCAGGUUUUCGAUUGCACUUCCCAGCACAUUUUGAGCUUGUCGGGGAUUUUGACGUAAGGCGACAAGCGGAGCACAACAGGAUGGAGCAGUUACCUUUGCAACAGCCGGCAGCACUCAGCUUGGAGGCCUGCAUCGGGCAGAAACUUCAGAUAAUAGGCGACCAGUUUCACCGGGAACACUUACAACAGAUCCCAGGACAGCCCUUCCCCCACCUAGUUCACCAACACCAGGCCCUUACCCUGCCUCCUCUUCCUGUUUAUUUCUCUCUCCUUUCCCCUGUGGUCCCGUUGUGCUGUGGAGUAUCAUCAAAACCAAAGGAAUCAGGGGCCGCUGUGGUGGCGCAUGACUGCAGCUCUUCUCAGCCUCCUGUUUGAUAGGGGGUUGAUUGGUGGAGCAGGAUGGAGGUGAGGGAGUUUCUCCACAUAUGUCUGCUGUCUUCAUCUCUGUGGUGAAGAACUGGAAGCACCUGAAGGCACUGUCCAAUCUAACACGGGUCUGUUUGAGAGAGGAAACAAAGGAGGGAAAAAAGUCACCGCGGGACGGUGACAACUAAGUUUUAUACAAGGGCCUGUUUUUAAUUUUCUCUAGAAGAAGAUGCCAUGUUGCUUCAGGAUUCAUCUUAAGGACAAUGUUUAUAUUUUGGCCUUCAUGCCAUCUAGUCUUCUUGUACAGUACAUUGAUUUUGUUAUUUUUUGCACUUCGGCAUGUAUCCUUCCUAAAAGACCUGACCUCCACAGACUUUGUUAAUGCCUUAGUCAGUGUCUUCUACCAGAAGGAGAAUUGAGGGUUUUUUGAAAAAUAAGAUGAGAUGGUGCAACAGAUUCUUUUUGACCAGUAAAGUUGAUUUACUCAUUUCCAAAGAGGCCACUUCUCAGAACAGAGUAUUUUGCACCUCAAUGGGACAUUUAUCUAUUUAUCUUUUCUUUGUUUUUUUCCCUCUUAUUUUCUGUGCUUUGAUAUUAAUUUUAACCCUACAUAUCUUGUAGAAUUUCAGGAGUCAAGUUUCUGUACAUAAACAGUUGGCACACUGUAAAAUGUUAUCAAUGUUUAGUCGUGUGCUACAUGUCAAACAUUUGGGACUAAUUGAACUUUAUGAGGAAGGGAGUUGGCUGUGCUUAGCAACACUACCUGUUUAAACAAGUAUGGUCAUUCCAGCAGACCUGAUAAACAAAAAGAAGACUUAAAUAUCAGAUGUUAUGCAGAUGACGCUAUUUUUUGUUUGAAGAACUGAAGAGUUAAUGUAGCAGUAAAGCAGCUCGAUAGUGGAUAAAUAACACUAGUAUCAAUCGGUUACAAUUGCUGGA